AGAUACCAUUCGAACAACUGCUGAAUGGCUUCCAACGAAUAUGCCAAUGAGAUGUUGAAUUAUCGGUCGGUGGUGGAUCGAAAUUACAAGCGUUACAUUUUGAAAAAUGGCGGUAAUGGUUUAUGCUAUUUGCGACAUCCAAGUGGAGUGAUAGUUGUGACGUUGUAUAAAAAUCAUGAAUUGGCACAGAAGCAGAUCAAAAAAAUUGAUUGGCAUAUGAAGAAAAAUAAAGGAAUUGAUCGAAGUAAACAGAAAGUUAGCGGAAAAGCAAAAAAGGGUGGACUAGCGCUUCUGCCGGAUACAAAACUGUGUAUUGUACAUUGUGAAGAUGGUACCGAAUAUGUACUACGUGCAGGUAUUAAAGCUCUUUUGAUUGAAGUCAAUGAACGGCUUCUAGAAGAUCCCAAUUUAAUGCGCUCUGCUCCUGAAAACCAAGGUUAUCUAGCGAUAAUCAUACCAUAUUCCAAUGAAAGAAAGCAACCUCCACAAGCUUUCACUGAAGAGGACGCUAUCGAAUAGCUAAAAUGAAGAAGUUGAUUGAAGAAACUCAUCUCAUCAACACUUUUUCAUCAAUCGCUGGUGGGAAAAAUAAAACUAUUUUUUUAUUCUAGCAUUUUUCUCUAUCGCUA